AUGGGCACCCACGCGGAGCUGGACGGGGUGGACGGGUUCCUGUGCUUGAAGAACAUCCGCACGUUCCUCAAAGUCUGCCACGACAAGUUUGGGCUAAGGAACAGCGAGCUGUUUGACCCCUUCGACCUCUUCGAUGUCCGAGACUUCGGGAAGGUCAUCUCUGCCGUGUCCAGACUGUCCCUGCACAAUGUGGCCCAGAACAAAGGAAUCAGGCCCUUCCCCUCGGAGGAGACGGCGGAGAGCGACGAUGACGUCUACCGCAGCCUGGAGGAGCUGGCCGACGAGCACGACGUGGGGGAGGACAUCUACGACUGCGUCCCGUGUGAGGAUGAGGGGGACGACAUCUACGAGGACAUCAUCAAGGUGGAGGUGCAGCAGCCCAUGAUCAGGUACAUGCAGAAAAUGGGCAUGACGGAGGACGACAAGAGGACGUGCUGCCUGCUGGAGAUCCAGGAGACCGAGGCCAAGUACUACCGCACGCUGGAGGACAUCGAGAAGAACUACAUGUGCCCCCUGAGGCUGGUGCUGAGCCCGGCGGACAUGGCGGCUGUUUUUAUCAACCUGGAGGACCUGAUCAAGGUGCACCACAGCUUCCUGCGGGCCAUCGACGUGGCCAUGAUGGCGGGCGGCGGCACGCUGGCCAAGGUCUUCCUGGAGUUCAAGGAGAGGCUCCUGAUCUACGGGGAGUACUGCAGCCACAUGGAGCACGCUCAGAACACGCUGAACCAGCUCCUCGCCAGCCGGGAGGACUUCAGGCUGAAAGUGGAGGAAUGCACGCUGAAGGUCCAGGACGGGAAGUUCAAGCUGCAGGACCUGCUGGUGGUGCCCAUGCAGCGGGUGCUCAAGUACCACCUCCUCCUGAAGGAACUUCUGAGCCAUUCCACCGACCGGCCCGAGAGGCAGCAGCUGAAAGAAGCACUGGAAGCCAUGCAGGACUUGGCCAUGUACAUAAAUGAAGUGAAACGGGACAAAGAGACCCUGAAGAAAAUCAGCGAGUUCCAGAGCUCCAUAGAGAACCUGCAAGUGAAGCUGGAGGAGUUUGGGCGGCCGAAGAUCGACGGGGAGCUGAAGGUCCGGUCCAUCGUCAACCACACCAAGCAGGACAGGUACCUGUUCCUGUUCGACAAGGUGGUCAUCGUCUGCAAGAGGAGGGGCUACAGCUACGAGCUGAAGGAGGUCAUCGAGCUGCUCUCCCACAAGGUGACCGACGACCCCAUGAACAACAAGGAUGUCAAGAAGUGGUCCUAUGGCUUCUACCUGAUCCACCUGCAAGGCAAGCAGGGCUUCCAGUUCUUCUGCAAGACGGAGGACACGAAGCGGAAGUGGAUGGAGCAGUUUGAGAUGGCCAUGUCCAACAUCAAGCCCGACAAAGCCAACGCCAACCACCACAGCUUCCAGAUGUACACGUUCGACAAGACCACCAACUGCAAGGCCUGCAGGAUGUUCCUCCGGGGCACCUUCUACCAGGGCUACCUGUGCACCAAGUGUGGCGUCGGGGCACACAAGGAGUGUCUGGAGGUGACGCCUCCCUGCAAGAUCAGUGAGUACCGCCGCCCCCACGAUGCACCCCGGGGGCCGGUCCUCAGGCCACACCUGACAUCCCAGCUGAACCCGUGCCGCUGCCAGCGCAGCCCCCUCCUGUUGUUCUCCCUGGGGGUGGGGGAGUGUCGGACAUGGGGCCGCCUCCUUCAGCCCUGUCGUCUGUCCUUGCCCUCACAGGACGCCUCUGGAGCGGGACCAGGUCCCAAGAUGGUGGCUGUGCAGAAUUACCACGGCAACCCCGCUCCCCCCGGGAAGCCGGUGCUGACCUUCCAGACGGGCGACGUGAUUGAGCUGCUAAGAGGGGACCCCGAGUCUCAGUGGUGGGAGGGGCGGCUGGUGCAGACCAGGAAGUCCUCUGCACCCAGAGAAGACGGGCGGGCCCAGGGCAGGCCACCCAUCGGCCGGCUGCCGUCCCGGGAGAUCGACUACAGUGCUUACCCCUGGUUCGCAGGCAACAUGGAGCGGCAGCAGACGGACAACCUGCUCAAAUCCCACGCCAGUGGAACCUACCUGGUCCGGGAGCGGCCGGCCGAGGCGGAGCGCUUCGCCAUCAGCAUCAAGUUCAACGACGAGGUGAAGCACAUUAAGGUGGUGGAGAAAGACAGCUGGAUUCACAUCACGGAAGCCAAGAAGUUUGAAAGCCUCUUGGAGCUGGUGGAGUACUACCAGUGCCACUCUCUGAAGGAGAGCUUCAAGCAGCUGGACACCACGCUCAAGUACCCCUACAAGUCCCGGGAACGUGCGGCCUCCAGGACCUCCAGCCGGUCCCCAGCUUCCUGCGCCUCCUACAACUUUUCUUUUCUCAGUCCUCAGGGCCUCAGCUUUGCUUCUCAGGGCUCCUCCGCUCCCUUCUGGUCAGAAACAUGGACCGUGGCCAGGUACAACUUCGCGGCCCGGGACCUGCGGGAGCUCUCGCUGCGCGAAGGUGACGUGGUGAAGAUCUAUAGCCGCAUCGGCGGGGACCAGGGCUGGUGGCGGGGCGAUCUUUCUUUUCAGAUCGGCUGGUUUCCUUCGACCUACGUGGAAGAGGAGGGCAUCCAGUGACAGGGACGCAGGCGGGACUCGGGGACUGUCGUGGGCGUCCGUGUCCAGUCCUGGGACCCAGAGGGGGACACGCCUGCCGACCUUCCAUCUCCAACAGCCCGCGGGGAUGGGGAGGGUGUUCAGAGUCCUAACCGCAAACCGCGCCCCGUCCGUCUGCCCUCGGUGGCCUGUCCUGGGUUCGCCGCUUGUACAUAGAGGAAUCGGGCGGCCUGCGUGGCUGCCCCGCC